UCCAUUAUGUUUUCAAACGGGCCCUACUUUUUCCUAGGAGGCCUAUAAAUGGUAAAAUUUCGAGUAUUUGAAAAAGCAAUCUUUUUCCAUACUUUAGUAAAAAUAGGAGCGGGCAUUCUGUUAACAUGAAUAUGGACCGGAAAACUCAUGUGGGAAUUCAUACGGGCGAUCGACCAUACGUUUGUCCUUUCGAUGGUUGUAACAAAAAGUUUGCGCAGUCUACAAACUUGAAAUCAUAUAUUUUAACACACGCUAAAACUAAACGAAGUUCUCUCGGUGGUAAUUGCAGUAAUAUUAAUAAUGAUUCCAGCAGCCCAGCGCAGUUAGCUACUCAAAAUCUUAUAAAAGUUGAAAUGAACGAAAUUGAUUCCAACUCCUCGUACGUUGUUUACACUGAUUAAUAUAUUUUUAACAUCAUAAAAACAAGCAAACCAA